CUGUUUCCAUCCUUUGGGAGGCACACCUGCUCUCAGUUAGCCUGCACUAGCCCCAUCUAUGACGCACACAGGGGCCCUUAUGAAGGAAAACAAGCAUGCCCCCCUCGAUUUUCUGCAUUUAAUUGGGGGGGGGGGUGAUGUAUGCCUUGCAAUGGAGAUGUUUGCCUCACGCAUCUGAUCAGCACAGUGAAGUAAAUAGGUUGUCUUUGGAAUUGAAUAACCUCAUGCCUGUAUCUCGCACUCAGGGUCCCGAGUGUCUCUGAGAAAUGACAGAAAAAGUAUACCGAUCAUAGAAUCCCAGAAUUAUAGAACUGGAAGGCCCUUUGAAGAUUCCCUAGCCAUCCCCCUCCUAGAGCAGGAAUCUCAGGCGAAGUCUUGCCUGGUCUCUUGGCAAGUCUGAAUAGGUACAACAUGCCACUUAACCAGGCUUAGUUUGGACUCUUCCACGAUGCAAGUUGGAGAAAUGUGUUUUUUAAAGUGAAAAUAAUAUAGAACAUCCAUUUCUGUCUUUUGAAUAGUUGAAAAUCACCUGUUGUGGCAGAGUAAGGAAUAGGGAGAUGGGUGGAAGGGCGAUGUUAGGAAGGGUCUGGAAUGUGGGUUUGUGCCGUGAUGGAUGGAGACCAUGAGGUGACAACACAGCCUUCUGCUUGACUGCCGCUUGGUGGCUCUGGGUGGGCCUCCCACCCUCCCCUGAACUCUUCCGCUUGGCCUUACAGGGAUCAUGUUGAGGCAACUGCUGCUGUCCUUGGGAGUCCUACAGGGGACCCUGGCCUUCCUGGCUUCUGGCCAUGGCCAUCUGGACGAGAGGGGACCCAUCCUGGAAGAUCCAGGCAGGCCCAGUUCCACAGGCCUUGAAAUGGCCAAGGAGGUCCACAUCCCAGAUUUUAAGCAAGUGGCUCUGGAAACACCAAGAGUCCAGGAUGAUCUUGCACCAGAAGCCAGCAUGAUGAUUAUGUCAGCAGCACUGCAGGGCCAGGAGCGGGAGGGCCGUUCCCCGCGGAGAUGUGUCCGUGUCCAGGAAUCUUGCCUCGGGCACAAAUUGCCAUGCUGUGACCCGUGUGCCACUUGCUACUGCCGCUUUUUCAACGCCAACUGCUUCUGCAAGAAGUUUAGCACCACUUUCCCCUGUGGGAGGAACUAGCUCGCAUUCUGCAGGCUGUCAUUUAUUAAUCUUGAAUUGGUUUGGUCCAUAUACAUUCCUUUUACAUUCCAAUAAAUCGCCUAUGAGAAAGAAUCCAAGAAAUGUGACUUUUUUUUCAUUAAUGAUGUUAAAUAAAAGCUAAAAGCACUUUAGCUUCAAUUGUGAUUCUCCAGUUUUCAU